AUGACCAUAUUAGCAACUGAACGCUAUAAUUUCAAUCGACACAUCUGGGACGUUCAUCCCUCCAAGUACGUCCCAGAACGCCAAGUCACCUUCGCGCUCUACGCUUUGUACAUUGUGGCAGGAGGGAUGAUCAAGAUAUCCAUCCUGCUCUUCUACCGCCGUCUCGACUCACGCUCCAUAACGAAGAGUUUCCGCAUCGCAACAUGGCUAAACAUCGUUGCCAUCGCCAUCUUCUCCAUCGCAUUCGUCAUCGUCCUCUUCACAGCCUGCACACCGUUUACCGCAUUCUGGUAUCAAUUCGAUAUCACUAAGCAGCUCACAGGAUACGCAUACCGUUGCUGGAUCGAUGAAGCGGCAGACCUUCUAUCAGCGAGUAUAAUAAGCGCUGUACAAGACGCCAUCGCUGCUUUCCUUCCCACAAUCCUCUACUGGAACCUACGCAUCCCGCCUCGCCAAAAGGUUGCUCUGGGCGCCAUCUUCGCUCUCGGUUACCUCGUCUGCAUCGUCGCAGGCGUACGCUCCUACUUCGUGUGGCGCACCUUCAACAGCCCCCUGUACGAUUCGACCUGGGAGUCCUGGCCUGCAUGGCUGCUCUGCGUGCUGGAAAUUCAACUCGGCGCCAUCUGCGCGAGUGCGCCUGCCCUCAAAGUCUUCCUGUCGCACUACUUCAAGGUGGCAACGAGUAUGUACAGCGGAUCUAAUCAAGGCACGACGCAUGCCAGCAUCCAGAAGGGUGGUGGUGGUACCUGGUGGAAGUCGGCAAGUUCAGGUACGUCGGGGUCAAGAGGGACCAUGGCUUCGAGGCUGGAUAGAGAUGGGUAUAUUCGGGAGCCAGGAAAUGCGCAUAUGGUCGAUGAAGAGGGCGGCAUUGUGCUACAGGAUACGAAGAGGUGUGAUGGACGGACAGAGAGUAUCGAGACUUUCAUCUACCUAUGA